CUCUGUGAGGCGAGCGUGAGCGGCCCGCCGCCAUUUUGCGUUAUCUGAUGAGGCGGAGCGGAGCGGCGGGGUUCCUCACUCUUCUGCUGCCUUUACUCUCCUAAACCCCGACAGAACCCUCACAGACUCACCUUCCGCAGCUCGCCGAACCAUCUCCAGAUUUCUGGCGGCAUGGCAACAGAACAUGUAAAUGGGAACGGUACGGAGGAACCGAUGGACACGUCGGCUGCAGUUACCCACUCUGAGCACUUCCAGACUUUAAUAGAGGCUGGGUUACCACAGAAAGUUGCUGAAAAGCUAGAUGAAAUUUACAUUGCAGGCCUCGUAGCACACAGCGAUCUGGACGAGCGGGCCAUCGAAGCCUUGAAGGAGUUCAAUGAGGAAGGUGCACUGCACGUUCUCGUCCAGUUUAAGGAGAGCGACCUAUCCCAUGUGCAAAACAAAAGUGCCUUUCUCUGUGGAGUGAUGAAGACGUAUCGGCAGAGAGAGAAGCAAGGGACCAAAGUUUCAGAUUCCAACAAAGGACCAGACGAAGCGAAAAUCAAAGCUCUGCUGGAGAGAACCAACUACACGCUCGAUGUGACGAUGGGGCAGCGCAAAUAUGGCGGCCCUCCGCCAGAGUCCGUCUACACCGGCCCCCAGCCCACCAUCGGCACAGAGAUUUUUGUGGGUAAAAUCCCGCGGGAUCUGUUCGAGGAUGAGCUGGUGCCCCUGUUUGAGAAGGCCGGGCCGAUCUGGGACCUGCGUCUGAUGAUGGACCCGCUGAGCGGUCUGAACCGCGGAUACGCCUUCGUCACUUUCUGCACUAAAGAGGCCGCGCAGGAGGCCGUAAAGCUGUGUAACAAUCAUGAAAUCCGACCAGGAAAGCAGAUCGGAGUGUGUAUAUCAGUGGCCAACAACAGACUAUUCGUGGGCUCCAUUCCGAAGAGCAAGACGAAAGAACAGAUCGUAGAGGAGUUCGCUAAAGUCACAGAGGGCCUGAGUGACGUAAUCCUGUACCACCAGCCAGACGAUAAGAAGAAGAACCGAGGGUUCUGUUUCCUGGAGUAUGAGGACCAUAAGACGGCGGCGCAGGCCCGGCGCAGGCUGAUGAGCGGGAAGGUUAAGGUUUGGGGCAACGUGGUUACGGUGGAGUGGGCCGACCCCAUUGAGGACCCCGACCCAGAGGUCAUGGCCAAGGUGAAGGUGUUGUUUGUGCGGAACCUGGCGAACAGCGUAACGGAAGAAAUACUCGAGAAAGCCUUCAGCCAGUUCGGGAAGCUGGAACGGGUUAAGAAGCUGAAGGACUACGCCUUUAUUCACUUCGACGAGAGGGACGGCGCCGUCAAGGCGCUGGAGGAGAUGAACGGGAAGGAUUUGGAGGGUGAAAACAUCGAGAUCGUCUUUGCGAAGCCCCCUGACCAGAAGAGGAAAGAACGCAAGGCCCAGAGGCAAGCAGCCAAAACGCAGAUGUAUGACGAUUACUACUACUACGGCCCCCCUCACAUGCCCCCGCCCACCAGGGGGCGCGGCAGGGGCGGGCCCCGGGGCGGCUACUCCUACCCUCCCGACUACUACGGCUACGAAGACUACUACGACUACUACGGCUACGAUUACCACAACUACCGGGGCGGCUACGACGACCCGUACUUCGGCUACGAAGACUUCCAGCCGCCGGCGCCCCGGGGAGGCCGCGGCGGGGUUAGGGGCGGAGCCAGAGGGGGCGCGUCCCCCGCGCGAGGCAGAGGAGGGGCGGGGCCCCCGCGGGGCAGGGCGGGGUUCCCCCAGCGCGGAGGAGGCGGAGCCGUCCGCGGGCCGAGGGGAGGAGGAGUCGGAGUCGGAAGAGGAGGGCCGGCGGUGAGGGUCCGCGGGGUACGUGGUGCGCGGGGUGGACGCGGUGGAAAUAUAGGAGGCAAGCGCAAAGCCGAUGGCUACAGCCAGCCCGAUUCCAAACGGCGCCAGACCAAUAAUCAGAACUGGGGCUCGCAACCUAUUGCUCAGCAGCCGCUGCAAGGGCAAGGGGCUGGAGAGUGGUCCUGAACAGUCCCUCUGAGCACGGAGCGCCCCUCGCUGAGCCGCUCUCCGCCGGACAGCGCCCCCCGAAGGUCAGCGGUAAGGUCCAGAACACUGCGGUCCACUCCUGUUCCUGCCUUACGGAGAGAUCAUGACUGCUCAUGACUGCCACCUAAGAUCACCACAGCAGAGGCUUCGUCUACUUUUACUAUUUAAUGCUGUUUUUUUUCUUUGUUAUUUUUUCCCCCCAAUUUUUUUUAUUUACAUAAUUGGUGACCUGUUUGUGCCCCGUGUGCUAAAAGUCCCCAAAGAAAACAGUCUGCCGUUCAGAAUUCACAGUUACUGAAGGAGCUGCUGUUGUUUGCCCCAAGCAUUCUUAUCCUUUAUGUAAAAAAAAGAAUUUUUUGCACUUUUUGUAUGUUUUUGUAGUUUUGUUUUUGUUUUUAUGAUAUUUUGCAGGUGUGAACCACCUGGCCUGUUCGGUCAGGCAUUCCAGGAAAAAAAAAAAGAUAUGGUUCAUUUAAGAACCUUUAGUUUUGCUUUUGUUGUUGUUGGUGUUGUUAUUGUUAAAGGAGAAGUUCACAAAAAAACAAAUUUGCACACUUUCCCAGCUUUACAUCAUCAGCCGAGAGAAGUUUGUCGUCUUUAGUCUUAGCACUGGAGCUACGAGGCUACUGCUAAAGCUAAUACCCCUCCAGAGCCAGUUAGCACUGCGCUGCUCUCAGCCUUUGACAGUUUCCUGCUCUGGGCACCGUGACUGCCUUCUGGAGCGAGACUGUCGCUGGAUUAUACGUUUUCGUUGACUCUUCUAGUAGCUUUUAAGAACACAGAGUUUGUUUUGGUAGCUGCCCCGUUUAGAAACACGUCUGCCUCUGAACCUCACGGCAAAAGAGCUUUCUGUGGUUGAUGUGUCAGUCAGACAGCCCUUGCACACACUGAGCACUUUAUUAGGUACACCUAUCACCUAUGUUUCUACACUCGCUCUCUGUUAAUCAGCUCCACUGACCACAUAGUUUCACUCUGUAGUUCUACAGUUACAGA